CUUGCAGGAAGCACGAGUUCAUGUGUCAUCUGUGUCUUAUAUUAAGUUGUGAUUGAGCCAUGUCUGAGUUGGUCGUGCCAGAUCCGGAAGAACUGUUUGAGUGUCCCUACGACAAGGUCCAUAUGGUGCGAGCGAAGAGAUUCCAGUAUCACCUUAUGAAGUGCCGCAAGAAUUGGCCUGGAUCAGAGUUUUCGGUGUGUCCGUUCAACGCUAAGCAUGAGAUGCCAAAGCCAGAACUACGAUACCACAUGGCCACUUGCAGUGACCGAGCCGUCCUGGAGAAAGACAUUGCUUAUGGUGAGAGCAUUGGCACCAGAUCUUGCAGGAAUCAGAACCGUUAUUGCUGA